CCGGUGGCGAGAAAGCGAAGGCCACCUUCGCGUUUUUCUUCACCAAUUCGAGUUAAAUGCUGGACCAGCGAGCGAGGACCGGUUUGCCGGCCGUGACCCGCCGGGGACUUUGAAUUAUAAACGGGACGAGCGGCGCGAGCAACAGAGAAAGGGUACCGUUUUUUGCUUCCCCAAGAUGGCUAGCUGUUAGCUCGCAGGCUAACUCAAGCGCAGGGCACCAGCUUUUGGCCCGCUAAAAUCAUGAACCGGUUGCUUGAGCUCUCUUUUUUUUUUCCUUUUUGGGGGUUGUGAUAAGCGCCUGUUGUCAUAAAUCACAAUUAAAGGUGUUAAUUGGGGCAUUUGUGGCAUAGAAACGUGACUAAGAGUGAGCCACUUUGGGGUAACGUGGAUAGUUAGCCACCUAGCACAUCUGUAAAUGAUCAAUUUUGGACAAGCGACGGUGCAACUGUAAUUGAUUUAAACUGGAUUCUAGAGAGCAGAAGGCAUAUAGCUCUCAUCCCAAUUAUUAAUAUACUUUUUUUUUUUUUUUUACAAAAAUAUUUUUUUAUUACCUGGCGUAGAUUUGGAGACCAAAUCCCGGCGUGACAGACCUGGGCCAGUCACCCAACUAGAACUCUUAUGUCGUUGUGACAUGUCCCCGAGGUGGUAGACGUUGUCCUCCUCGUCACCGUGGUCGUUUUUAACCCCUUUUUCUCUUUCAUAUGAACGGUGACACGCCACCUCACCGGCAGUAGUGUUAGCUAAAUGGCUGCCGAAUCGGGGAGACUACUGGCGGGACAAGGAAAACGAGGCAAAGCCUCACAAAUGAAGAGCCCGGAGAAGAAGAAGGCGAGAAAGACCACGUCACAGGCGUCGGGGUUCUCGCAUCUCACAGAGUUUGCGCCCCCACCCACGCCUAUGGUGGACCACCUGGUGGCCUCCAACCCCUUUGAUGAUGACUUCGGACCACCAUCUCGACCCGGUGGAGGGGGAGGACCAGGCGGUGCCCCAUUUCUGCCCAGUCCAGGUCCAGGUGCAGGCGGAGGGAGCGGUUAUGGCGGUGCUGGCAGAAUGGGGGGCGGUGGCAUGGGUUUCAUGGGGGGGCCGGGCGGUGGACAGCCAGGACGUAGACCACCAUUUGGACCUCCGUCCAACCCUGGACCACCUCACCACCAGCUGGGAUUUGGAGGGAUGCCCGGUUUCGGAGGAGGGGGCGGAAGUGGCGGAGGGGGAGGUGGAGGGGGCGGAGGUGGUGGGUUCCCUCAGUUCAAUAUACCACCGAACUUCAGUCCUCCUAUGCACCCCGGGUCAGGCUUUAACCCCAUGUUGUCUCCAGGUGGUAUGGGGGGUCCCGGAGGAGGAGGUCCACCCCAUCCUCGAUUUGGCAUGCCACCACAACAGCAACAUGGACAGGGAGGGCACCCGUUUAACAGCCCUCCGUUACCUGGUGGGGGAGGCCCCAGAGGGCCCCCACAUGGGCCCAUGCCUCCCAUGGGCGGAAUGGGGCCAGGUCAGGGGAUGAACAUGAUGAGUGGGAUGGGUGGCGGUCCUGGGGGCAAUAUGUUGGGGGGUUUACCAGGCAUGCCCCCUCAAGGACAGUUCCCCCCCUCGCAGGAUGGGCCCUAUCCUGGUCCCAGCCCACCGGGACCGGGAAACGAGGAUGGGAAAAACUUUGUGGGAGGGGGAGGACCCCCGCCUGGGCCUCAGCAACAGCAGCUUAACUUAAACCCAAACGGGCCCCCUCCUACUAAUAACACCACCCCUGGUCCGCCUCCUAACUCUGGUCCGUCUCAGCCUGGAGACUUCCCGGGCCACCCUGACAUCCAGCAGCCCAAUGCCAGCACACCUGGGCAGCCACCGUCUGCACAGCCGCAACCCAACCCCAACUCAUCCCCCAGCGGCCCCCUAAAUGGCUCGGGCCAGCCCCAGCACCCGCCCCCCAACAACGCCAACACCCCUAACUCGAACAACUCUGCGCAACUGCAGCAACAAUCUACGCCGCCCAACUCCGCCCCCGGCUCCGUCUCGCACAACCAACAGAACAACACUCCUGGUACCGGCGGUCCCAUGUCCAACGCAGCCCCCAAUUCGGGUCAGAACAACAUGUCCAACAACAACGGAGGCAACACCCCCGGCAGCAACCCUAACCCCCCCUCUAACUCCACCUCCACACCUAACACGCAGUCGCCCUUACCCCCCGGCCCGUCCGCCCCUUCGACGGGGCCCGGUUCCGGUCCAGGUAAGCUUGGCGGCCCCGGCAUGGUGUUCCCUUGCGGCUUGUGCAUGUCGGAGGUACACGACGACCAGGACGCCAUUCUUUGCGAGGCCUCCUGCCAACGCUGGUUUCACCGUGACUGCACGGGCCUAACGGAGCCCGCCUAUGGGCUGCUCACCCGGGAGAGCGCCGCCGUGUGGGCCUGCGACUUUUGCAUCAAAACCAAGGACAUCCAGGCCGUGUUUGUGCGCCAAGGACUGGGCCAGCUUGUGGCCGCCAACGAGAGCUGAGGAUUCUGGGAAAAGAAAACAAAAACAUUUGACAAGCCCUUUACUCAUUCACUACAUAACCAUCACUUGACAUCCUUGCUGAUACCUAAAGAUAGCACUUUGAGUGAAAUAAAUGCCCCUACCACCACAGAAUAGAAGAAAAAAAUAUGAAUGUUAACAGACACACUUUUUCGGACAACCAGCACUGACUCCAACACACUACCUCACACACAGACACUGACUGGCACACAGGUUCCCGCACUGAUUUUUUUAAAACACACAAUAAAAAUGGGUACAAAGUUGAGUUAUGUCACCCUUGAAUCGGCCCCUCAUGUAUUUAUGGACAUCACACAAAGAGUGCCUGAACUUAUCAAUUGUCUUUUUAAUGAUUUGGUCAUCAUGACAAUGAGCAACCGCUGUAACCCAAUCAUGUUGAAUUCAAAGGAUGAAACAGCGGGGCUUCUGCGUUGUGUUCUUUCAUACCUCACUGAACAGAAAUCAUUGUAAAUAAUAGCAUUUUUAAACAAAACAAAAAAAGCUGACUGAACAACUCCCAAACUGAAAAAAAAUAUAUGUUCAAGUCAUCCAUUUUUGUCUCUGAAUUGUAAACUCAGUGCUUUUUCGGACACAUCAAGCAAUGCAGUAACUGUCCCGUGUUGAUAGUCCUGCAUUCCUGGAGACACCAAAUGAUAUGGAAAAGUGUGAAAAUUGUGUUUAUUGGUAUUGUCCCUUCAUUAUUCAAUGUCCGAGUUGCCUUCUUUUUUUGUUGUCUUUACUCUGAUUUUUUUUUUUUUUUUUUUUUUUU